UAUAUUCGUUUGCUUGAGGACGUAACUUCUAGUACUGUAAGCCCUUUAUGCCCGUUCAAUUCGGAGUGCGCCUGGUGUUAUAGGAAUCCUUGGGCUCCGUUUGUCCCGUCUGAAAAUUUUCAGCAAAUAAAUCAGAUCAAGUUUUAUUUGUAAUUCGUUUAUGUCUUCGUCAACGUUUUUUGACUGUUGUUCCAAACCGGAGCAAAAAGCCUUGGAGCUACCAAAUAGAGCUUCAGUUCUAGUGAAGCAAUGACACUAUCGGAGGAGGAAAUCACUAGGCUUUUCAGGAUCCGGAGAACGGUGAUGCAAAUGCUGAAGGACCGCGGUUAUUUUGUUGGGGACUUUGAGAUUGACAUGACCAAAGAGCAGUUCAAGAAUAAAUAUGGGGAGAGCAUGAAAAGGGAAGACCUUGUUAUCAAUAAAUCCAAGCGAAAUAAUAGCUCUGAUCAGAUUUAUAUCUUCUUCCCCGAGGAGCCAAAGGUUGGUGUUAAGACAAUGAAGACUUAUUCCCAGCGCAUGAAAUCAGAGAAUGUCUUUAGAGCAAUCUUGGUUGUUCAACAAAAUUUGACGCCAUUUGCUCGGAGCUCCAUAAAUGAGAUUUCUACAAAAUUCCACUUGGAGGUUUUCCAGGAGGCAGAGUUGUUGAUAAACAUUAAAGAGCAUGUACUUGUUCCUGAGCAUCAGGUGCUUACAAAUGAGGAGAAGAAAACCUUGCUGGAGAGGUACACUGUGAAAGAGACACAGCUGCCUCGCAUUCAAGUGACGGAUCCUGUUGCGAGAUACUAUGGGCUGAAGCGUGGACAGGUUGUGAAGAUAAUCCGACCAAGUGAAACUGCAGGACGAUACGUCACAUACCGAUACGUAGUAUAAAUACAAGUUGAAACACGGCUCGAGUUGAAACUGCUCUUUGCCUCUGUCAAAAUGGCUGGAGAACUCAAAUUCAAUCAUAUGAUUUAUAAUGGGAGAUAUUAUCAUUUGAAGACAACACUGGAACUCAUUUAUGCCCUACUGCUCAGUUGUGAAUCCCGGUAUUUGCUCUGUGGGAGUUGUUUGUAUUGCUGUUUGGAUAGAAAUCUCAAGUGUGCUUGUUUGCUGUGUCCAUGUCUGGAAUGGGGCAUACCCAUUGGUAGACAGAAUUGGACAACAAAUAAAUUUCAGAAACGUUUUCUCUGAAGAAUUAAGAUA